GGUCAUGGAGCACAUCAGCACCCCCAAGGUUGAAAAUGUGAAGCUGCUGGAUCGCUACGCRAACAGGAAGGCAGCGACUGGGACCUUGUACCUGACAGCCACCCACCUGAUCUACGUGGAUGCAUCUGCUGAAGUCAGGAAGGAAACAUGGAUUCUCCAUCACCACAUCUCCAGUGUGGAGAAGCUGCCCCUGACCACGGCUGGGUACCCUCUGCUCAUCCACUGCAAGAAUUUCCACGUGGCUCACUUUGUGAUUGGGCAGGAGAGGGACUGCCACGAUGUGUUCACCUCCCUUCUCAAGCUCUCCCAGCCAGUGAAACCCGAAGAACUUUAUGCUUUCUCUUACAAUCCUAAAAUGUCCAAAGAGAACCGGGAAAUCGGAUGGAAACUGAUUGAUUUGAAACUGGAUUACCAGCGCAUGGGAAUUCCCAAYGACUACUGGGAAAUAACGGACAUUAACAAGGACUAUGAGGUUUGCAGCACAUACCCCCCUGAAAUCGUAGUGCCUCGAGCUGCCACCAAGGCAGUGGUGAUGGGAAGUUCCAGGUUCAGGAGCCGAGGGCGGAUUCCGGUGCUUUCUUACUUGUGUAAGGAAAACAAUGCUGCCCUGUGCCGCUGCAGCCAGCCCCUGGCCGGGUUCAGCGCGCGCUGCCUGGAGGACGAGCAGAUGCUCCAGGCCAUCCGAGAGGCCAACCCYGGCAGCCCCUUCAUGUAUGUUGUAGACACAAGGCCAAAGUUGAAUGCCAUGGCCAACAGAGCUGCUGGGAAGGGCUAUGAGAAUGAAGAUAAUUAUGAAAACAUUCGUUUUAAAUUCAUUGGCAUCGAGAACAUCCAUGUGAUGAGGAGCAGCCUGCAGAAGCUGCUGGAAGUGUGUGAGAUGAAGUCCCCCUCCAUGAGUGAUUUCCUCACGGGGCUGGAGAACUCRGGCUGGUUACGGCACAUCAAGGCUGUGAUGGAUGCUGGGGUCUUCCUGGCCAAGGCUGUGAGGGAGGAGAGGGCCAGCGUGCUGGUGCACUGCUCCGACGGCUGGGACCGCACGGCCCAGGUCUGCUCCCUGGCCAGCCUCCUCCUGGACCCCUUCUACAGGACCUUCAAAGGCUUCAUGGUCCUGAUAGAAAAGGAGUGGAUUGCAAUGGGCCACAAGUUCUCACACAGGUGUGGCCACCUGGAUGGGGACCCCAAAGAAGUGUCCCCUGUGUUCACCCAGUUUGUGGAGUGUGUGUGGCAGCUCAUGCAGCAGUUCCCCUGCUCCUUCGAGUUCAACGAGCGCUUCCUGCUGGAAAUCCAYGACCAUGUCUAUUCCUGCCAGUUUGGCAACUUCCUGGGCACCUGCCACAAGGAGCGCGAGGAGCUCAGAAUCUUUGAGAAGACCCAUUCUCUGUGGCCUUUCCUCUUACAGAGAAAGCAGGAGUUGAGAAAUCCUUUGUACAGAGGAUUCACAGCUUAYAAAGAGCUCCAACCAAACACUCUACCUUUCAGUUUCCAGUUCUGGUGUGGGAUGUACAAUCGCUUCGACAAGGGGAUGCACCCAAAGCAGUGYGUGCUGGAUAAGCUGCUGAGCUGCAUGAGCCAGAAGGUGACACUGGAGGACAACGCAUCYGAGCUGGAAAACAAACUGCCUUUCUUCGAUGGCCCCUUGCCCAGUGAAGGCUGCUCCUCAUCUAAGGCAGGACCUGCUGCUGCCAAAGGCCCUCGCCAGGACUGUGGAGAGGGAGCAGCUCCUGGGCUGAGCAAUGGCCCCUCCCUGGGGCACCAGAAGCACAAGGAGAGCCCAUCCCAGCACCGGGAUCUGCACAAGCUCGACACCUCUGCAGAGGAUGGGAAGGCUCAGCACCAGGGAUGAGCUCUGGGAAUUGCUGGCUGAAGCUCUGGUGGGAGCUGCUGCAGCCCCCGUUUGCAGCUGGGUGUGAGUAGGGGUGUGCAGAGCUGGGGGAGCAGGCUGCCUUGGGGACACAUCUCCUGCAGCUCAGACGAUGCAGAGCUGCCCGGGGGGCUGCCUGGCAUUCUGUGAACCUGGGGCUUUCCGUGGGAACACGUGUAUUUCUGAGGUGCAUGGCUGGAAGAAAUCUUGGCCAAUUCCACGAGGAGUUGGGCAGUGUUUGUAACUGCAGGGGGAAGGAUGCAAAUCCCUCUGUUCUCAGUAGUGGUCCAAGGUCAUCUUAAAACGAGAAAAAAGUCCAGCCCAUCUUCAAAUGAUAAAAAAAAACCCCUGAACCUUUCUUAGCUGUGAAUGAAUCUCUGCAUGGACCCUUGCCUUGUAGCAGAACUGAUCCAUGUUUUGUCUCCUAUGCAUAUUUGUUACACAAAACCAAACCCCUGUGCCUUUUCUGAGACUGUGUCAGUGUCCAGCCGGGCCAUUGCUGUUUGUGCUGUUGGAGUUUGGAGUGUAGUGUUGAGUCCUCUCUGUAGUCYGUGUUUUUGAGGAGGUUUUCACCCGCUGCAGCUUCUCCAGGGUUUUUGCUGACCCCCUGAGUUCAGUAGCUUCUUUCCAAGCUGACCUCUUGAAGAAUGAGCUUUUAUGGACCUCCUUUACUGAUGGUAGUGCAGCAAGUCACAGAGCCAGCCUGGAACACAUGGAUUUGGGAUAAGAGGGAGGAUUAGAAAAUUUGGGAUAAGAGGGAGGAUUAGAAAUGAGGAAAGACAGGAGAACAUUUAUGUGCUACUUUUCUCUCUUAUUUUAUGAUCUUGGUUAAUCUGAAGCAAGAGCGUAACUCUGUUCUAAGCUGAAAUCACUGAUGAGGCAGCAGUUACAGAUGGGCUGUGCUCUGUUACUGAAAUGGGGCCUAAAAUGAUUAAAUCAUUUGCUGAGUGAUUCUAAGGAAUGUUCAGAUUCCUGGAACUAGAGAUGCUUUGUCUGUCUCAUGAACAGUAUCUCUCAUGGCAAUGAACUGUGUAAGAAACAAAGCAGAAGCAAGGAUUUCCCUCCCCAGGGACUGGGUGUCACAAAURAGUGUUUGAAGGUCAUCCAGAGAAUCCUUGGGAGAGGCAGCAGCAGCAAAAGCAGAUUUCAUAUAAAAAACUGGCCAAAUUCAUUGGCAGGGCUCACUCUGUUACUUAUUAGCUGGUUAAAGCACACAGAGAAAAUGAAAUUAAAAAGUGAAGCAAUCUAAAACUGAAAUCAACCAGUGUGCAGGCUGGGGAUGGAAAAAGGGUCAGGAUGAAAAGGAAUAAAGGAGACCCACGAGGUGCAGAGUGSAUCAACCUGCCAAACUGAGCCCUUGAAAUACCAAGAGUUGAGGCCUAAGGGUUUCCUAGAAUCAGAGAAUCAGCAGCAGCAGUUAAGCUUAACAGCAAUGAAUCAAUAGGGAAGGAAUGGAACAAGGGUUCCAGCACAACAGGAACUCCAUUAGAGGCUGAACUUACACAUCUAAAGUACUCCAGAAUUCAGGAGAGCAGCAUGCCUGGCCCAUUGGCUCUGGCACAGCCCUAAGGAGCAGGUCCAGGUGUGUCCCUGGGAAAAAUUCCCUUCCAGCUCCCUGUUUACAGAGCCGUGAGAGAGUUUGUUUUAGUCAGACCCAUUUUCCAGCCUGGCUGUAAUUUGGGUCAGUAUCWUCCUUGGAAAGGUCAAUAACAAAAAUGUUCCCCUUGGCUUGUUACUAAGGCAAGAAAAAAACGAUUGUAGAGCUACUGGUGUAAGGCAGGAGUUUGAUCUCCAGUCCUGGCAGCAGCCAGUGUUCCUGAUAAGCUCCUGGGUGCUGCUUAUCAAGGCCAUUUCUGAGCUCAUGGUGUGGCCCGGGGGGUUGGAUAUUCCAAACCACACCCCGAAAGCUGCGCCACUGUCCUUGCUCUGUGCAGGAUUGCACAGAACAUCCCCCGUGCAGCUUUGUUCAGGAUGCUUCUCUGCUCUCUUUUCAAUCUGUUGUUUAAAUUGAGUGCUGCCAUGAAGUUUUCAAAUCAGUUUUUCUCCUUUAUAAAGUUUGGAAGCCAACUGCAAAUAUUUGAGUUUCCCAGUCUCCAGGAGAAGCAGAACCAUUCCAUUGUAAAACCAGAAAAUGCAAUAGCUGUGCUUCUAAUCCGUGGUGAAAUCACUGGGUAGCUCCAGUAUCCAAAAACCAAC